CAUAUGUUAUGCUACGUUACAGAGAAAUCCAUGACCUUGUUCAUACGCUACUUGAACAGCCUACUGACCUGUUGGGCGAGGUUGUGGUUAAGUGGGUCGAGGGCUUGCAAACCCAACUGCCCAUGUGCCUCACGGGAGGCUUCUUUGGUGCACUCCGACUAGGCUCCAGACAUUGGGAAGAUAAUAUUUUGGAUCUUAGAGAGAAACUAAGGAUACCACCCCCUCCACGUCCUUAUGAUUCCAGGAAUCUGUUAUCUUAA